AUGGACGACUUUCAAGGCCUCCGGGCACGCAUGAAUGAGGAGUACAAGGAGACCGUUGGGCGGCGGUACUUCACCGUCACCGGCCAAAAGGCCGAUGAAGAUCUUAUCGAGAACCUAAUCUCAAGCGGCGAGAGCGAGUCAUUCAUGCAAAAGGUGAUCCAAGAGCAAGGGCGAUGCCAAAUAAUGGACGCAAUUUCAGAGAUCCAGGAGUGGCACGAUGCUGUGAAGGAGAUCGAGAAGAAUCUAAUCGAGCUCCACCAGAUCUUCCUCGACAUGGCGGAGCUCGUGGAGGCGCAGGGGCAGCAACUGAACGACAUCGAGAGCCACGUGGCGCACGCGAGCUCGUUUGUGCGGCGGGGGACGGAGCAGCUGCAGGACGCACGUGAGAUCCAAAAGGAGUCACGAAAGUGGUAUUACUACGCCGUUUUGCUAGUUAUAAUCCUCAUUAUAUUUGUAACAUUCCCGCUAUGGUCUAAUCUUGUGAUGGCGAAAUUGAUAUAG